UGUGGGCCAGAGCUCUGGCUCAGGUGUCUUGAGCAUUUGUUGGUCAAAUUGGUUCUCACAUCAGCAAUUCCAUCUGAUAUGAGUGGGAGUGGGCUGAGCGCUUUGAUGGCAGCUGUACUGUACAGUAUAGUCCACAAGGAAAAGGCCACUGUAGGACUGCAUCUUCCUGCCAAGCUGGUUUCUCACUGUUGGUGUGGGGAGGCGCUAGAGCAGGCUACUUAGGGGAGCUAUGACAUCUUUACUGGAGGUUUUUGAGAAUGGGUCAGACAAACUGUCAGGGAUGGAAGAGGUAUGAUUGGCCAUGCCUUGGGUCAUGGGCUGGAUCAUCUCUGGAGGUCUUUUCCGUUUCUAUGAUUCUAAGACUCUUUAGAAAAAGUCAGUAAGAGAUGUAUUUAUAGGAAUGUGGCAAAGAUGUGCCAGGGACAGCUGAGCCAGGCAGGCCUUUGCACUAGAUCAGAUGUAUAGAGUGUUAUUUUGUGUUGGCUAAGAGACCAGCUUGCCUUUGGUUCAAGACCUGUUCUGUUAGAGAGACAGAUGGCAGCACUGCUGGUGCCACAUGCCUGCCUCACUGGUGGAGAGCUGAAGAUCUUGCAGUACCGCCAGAUGCUGCUUCAUAAACAUAGCAUUCUGCCAGGGACGCAGUUUGGGAGGAAGCAUUGUGGUCCAUGCCCAGCUCGUAUCUCCUCCACUGCCGUCCCCUCAUGGGCUUGACAAAUGGGGAUGCCAAGAAGAAAAGUUGGUCGUGUUCCAGAAACUGUUCUUUAAGGGCUACUUCUGUGUGUCCCCUGCUGCCUUCCCACCCCUCUUGGUGCUGUGUGACAGUGGGACUCUUCAGUUCUGGGAAGAGCUGAGAGUGAGACAGUGGAUGGCUGCAUCCCAAGCCCAAGUCCAUCAUGAGCAUGAUGCACCUUCAGCCUCUGGCCACAGCCAACACGGUGGAAGAGCAGAGGGCCCGCUGGGAAAGGAAAUGGAGCCGGACAGCCAGAGAGCUGGUGGAAACAGAACAGAGAUACCUGGAGCAGCUGGACCUAGUGAUCACAUAUUUUGUGACCAUUCUGAAGGCCAAAGGGACGUUGCUGCCAGCUGUGCGGGCAGCCAUAUUUGGACCCCUGGAAUCCAUAUACCUCACCAGCCAGAUUCUGCUGCACCACUUGGAGAGGGGGUGCCUGGGGCAAGGGCUGGACAGCUUCUGUCGUGAACUGGAGCUCUAUGGCCACUAUGCCGAGAACCUGGAGCCAGCAAAGAAAGCCCUGCAGGAGCAGGUGAAGAAGAACAAGGCAUUUCGCCGGUUCAAAAAGCUUCAGGAGUCUCGACCUGAGUUCCUGGGCUUCAAGCUAGAGGACCUGCUCCCUCUGCCCCUGCAGAGGCUCCAUCAGUACAAGCACCUGCUGAGAGACCUGAUGGAGAACACCAGCCCGGACUGUGCAGAGUUCCAACAGCUUGCAAGGGCUGUGAAAUCCAUUUCCAAGGUGUCUCACUGGGUUCAUGACACUGCUCGCAGCCAUGAGAACUCCCUGCAGCUGUUGCGAGUGCAGAAGCUGCUCAAAGGACGGAAGGUGAAGGUGCUGGCUCCAGGGCGCUGGUAUGUCCGGGAGGGCUGGCUGAUGGUGGUGCCUGCAAAGGGAGAAGAGGUGAAGCGUAAGAUGUUCUUCCUUUUCUCGGAUAUCUUGAUUGCCACAAAGCCCUGCCACCCGCUGCACCUUCUCAAUUCGGACAAGUUUGCUUGCCAAGCUGUUUACCCCCUGAGCCAGUGCACAGCGGAUAAAGUGUUUGGUCAUACCCAGGGGCACGGAGGGCUGCUCAGUCUUUGCUUUCCACACAAGACCCUGCUGCUGAUGUCGAGUGACCAGGAGGACAUCAAUAACUGGCACCUGAGUCUCACAACCACCAUUCGGCAGCUGAGCACCAGGCCCACCAACUCAGGCAGUUAGAAGGAUGCCAGAGUAGAGCCGCCACUGCAGCAUGCCGAACAGCAUACAUGGGGGUCAUAUGCUGAGAUGUUCUGCCAGAGCCGGUUAUGCAUGGGGUGGGACCUGCCCCAACCUCCAUGCAGAUACCAACACUUUUGUGUAUGUCAAGUGUCACUUCCUAUACCCAAGAGUUUCUUCAAACAUGGGUGCCUAAGGAUUGGUAUUGAAAGCUUGAUGUAAGGCACUUUCACAGGAGCUGAGAACUCAGCAUCUUUCAUAACCAGGAAUAAAUUCACUCAGUUUGGCCAUAACAGCACAGUGUUUCCAGCAAGACAGAGGUAGUUGUCCUUCCAUGAUAGACUAUUCUACAACAGCAUUUUCAUAGAACCGUAGAAGUAGGG